GAAUUGAUAUCAUAAUUUCGAAAAUUCAUGGAAAUAUAACCAAGAACAUGAACAUAGUCAUAAAUUUCAAUUUCGUCAAGCACCUUUUCUUUCAUUGCGCGUUUCCACAAAUUUCUGAUAUGCUGAAAAAUAAUAAGACUGAACAUUGAGAUGACAUCACAGAAUUCAGUGAUUUCAUGACCUAUAAUACCUACUCUGUCAUAAGAAGAAGGUGGUUCAACCCCAAUUUCACAUGAGAGCUGUGAUUUGGGUAUCUUUUCAGGUGCUAUGUUUGUAACAAUGCCGAUAACUUCAAUCCUAUCGAUUUUGACUUCAGGCAUAUUUUUUGGAUGAAAUUGUAUAUAUUGCUCUCCGAUAUAGGGAACAAGACGAAAUAUCUCUGCUAUGAGUAGGGGUACUGGAGCAUCAUCAUCAUCUACAAAAUAUUUCAAGUUACAGUGAUGUGUGAUAAUUGGUUCGUAUUAUUCAAAUAUUUCUUUACCAGGAUCUUUGUAACCAGGCCAUUCUUGAUCUCCGGAGUGCAUAAUUUGGAAUAAUUCUGGAAUUCGCCCCAUUUCGUUCAUUUUGUUUUUGAGAUCCCACCUUUUCGUUUGGUUCAUCGGUUCACCAUCAGUCCAACAAAAAUCCAACCUACAUGUUUUAGUAUUCCUCAUGGCCACACUGCGGUGCUAGCAUCGUUAGCAAAUCCCGCGAAUCCUUUCGAGUCGCUUUGACUUCAUACGACCCUUCGAAUCUGCAGAAGAACAACAAAAUUCUAAUAUACGCCAUCUCCAUGGUAAAAACCCGUAUUUCAGAAAGAUAAAUGAAUCUAAUCUUGCGGUUGAAUUAGAGUCUGGCGACUUGUAACCACAAUUUUUUUUACCGUAAACCGAUAUAGAAUAUAUCAAAUGUAAUUCAUGCAUCGAAAAUCUGUAGCAGAUUGUAGUAUAUCACAAUAAUAUUUUCUAAUAUUUCGAUGGGCAUGCUUGCGAAUUAAUAAAAAAAAAUCAUGUAAUAUACCAAUUUUUAAUACUAUUUCUUAAUAUUAAUAUUAACUAAAAUCCAACACCGGGCACAAUGGAGCAAAACUUCAAAUCUACAGAAUCCAAGAAUAUAGAAAUUUUUGUCCGGAUCCUGCCUUCGAUGGAUGUUUCCGAAUCUUUUUUAAAGAUAGCAGAUAACAGAAAAGACAUAUACGUGCGAUGCAUACAAGAUAUGAAGCGGGAUAGGAUCUUAAAAUCUCCAAGUCCUAUUUUUUGGCGGUUUCCGACGGAUGGAAUUUUCUACAAUGAUUCUCAGGAAGAAGUAUACAAAGGAGUUACCAAAAACCUUCUCGACAACGUUUUAGGAGGGGUUCAUUGCGUUCUCCUAAGUCAAGGGCAAAUCGGUACCGGAAAGAGUUUCACGAUUGGCGGAUUACGGCACAGUUAUGAGCACAGAGGUAUAAUUGUGCGGUUAUUAUCGGAUAUGUUUGAAGAAAAACGGAUCCGAAAGUAUUCUAAUGCAAUUGAAUACCGUAUGAAUUACGUGGAAAUUUAUAAAAAUCAAGUCAAAGAUUUGCUUGCCAGUAAAAAUGAAGAACGGAGAUUCAACAUCCGUGAUGCAUCGAAGCAGAUAACUUUGGCUAGCGUGAAUAGCGAAGAUGAGACAUUAAAAACAAUAUUCGAAGGUGAAGCUCGCAAGGAAAUCGGAAAAGGAACGAAUUACGAAGCAUCCCAUCGGUGCACGAGUGUCCUUACUUUUCACGUGGAAAAUACCAGUUUGAUAACAUCGAGGGCUGUCGCAUCUCACGCAAAAGUUAACAGCAAUCUGCUCAUCGUCGGCAUAAAUCUAGUAGACAUGGCUGGUGUCGAUUUUUUCGGGAAAUCCAGCUGCCAAAAAUCAACGGAACAUCUUCGAAACGCGAAUUUAGAAAAAACGCUAAUGGAACAAUACAUUCUUGCUUUACACAAUUCCCAAAAAUCCAAGACGUCGUAUCGUCAGAGCAACAGUAACUUAAUCAAAUAUUUGGGAGACGCUUUCCAUCUUGGCUCUUUAUUGCGUUUCAUCGGCCAUGUUCGUUUUACAAAUGAAGACCUGGUGUUGACACUGUCGACGUUAAGAUUCAGCAGUAUCGUAAAAAAGCUUAAACCUGAAAAAAUGAAAUACAAUUUCGGGUCCGAAUUAACUCAGGAUACCGACAAAUUAAGGGCGGAAGUUUCGGGACUCAGAGAAGAGCUGGAACUCAAUGAGAUGCUUCUGAACCAAGAAGCGUCCACGAAUUUGUCACCUGAAAGAGUGAAACGGAUCGAGGAAGAUGCGAUCGACUUUAUUAAUGGCAAUUUAGACGACUUGACGCUACUAAGCGUCUCGCAAGCUCAAAUAUUGCUCAAGAAAUUCAAAGAAAUAUUUGCAAAGUUAGUGCUCUAGAAUUAAAGAUGAAUUUCACAAAUAACGAAGAGAAAAUUCGUACAGACAGCAAGAGGAUCACAAAAUAGCUCUGGAAGCAAAAUCAAAAGAGGCUCGGGAUUCCGCGGCAAAAGAUUUGAAAGCUUCCGCCUUAUUUGUGACUAAGCCAUCGAAGGUGCGGAUCAUAAGGUGUCAAUUGUACCAGGUCAGAUGACUUUUUUUAUAAUUGAUUACAGACCUCAGCAACUGGAAGUUUAAAUGGCAAAACAAGGCGAAAAAAAUCAUUUACAGAACGUUCGUCAAAAGUGUUAUCUGAAGAUUCACUUGCCAACGUUGCGGAUGACUCAAAAUCGAAAGUUGGAGAUUUAAUCGAAACAGGUGUAACGAUUAACAGUCGUUCGGGUAAUUUAUUUAAUAAUUGAUUCAAUAAUUCGAUCAGGAAUAACAAUCGGACCUACGCACCCUGAGAUCCCUUUCGAAUACGGUCCUGUAAUGAAAUGGAUAGAAUUUCGCCGAUACGGAGAACCACCUGAUAGAGCCACCGUGCCUUGUUAUCGGCCAGCAACUUUGCAGGAGACAUCAAACGUGAACUUGAAGGUACAAUAGUAGAUGUCUUCUGAUUAGAUAAAAAAAGAAAAACAAAAAAUUGUCCGGUUAUUAUAGAUUGCGAAAAGAAACGAUGCCUUUGACUAUUAUCUCAGAGAAGACGAAUCCGCUAUGACCUUGAAGAAAGAUUUAGAGGCCAUGGAGGAAGCCAGAAAAAGUGGACAGUCAUUAACUAGGGAUUUG